AUGGGUUUGGUAUCAUCAACUUGUAAACAUAAAAAACGAGGCAAAAUGAUUACUAUUAUUCGUGAUAAAUAUACUCAGACGACGAACACAUUGCCGAGUAUCAUAAAUGGUUCUUCGUAUCAUCAUGAUCAUUAUUUAUCAUCACAUCACCAUGUGCAAAAAUAUCCAAUUUCUCCAUCUUACUCUAUAGUCUUCGAUAAAUUUUCUAUUCCUUCUCAUCGUUUUAAUUCAUAUGAACCUAAAACUUUCGAUCGUAUUUCUAUUCGAACUGAUCCUCCUCGAAGAUCAUUAGUAUCGAAUAUUAUUCAUAAUACAUCUGUUCAUGAACAUCGAACAUUGAUACGUGUUCAGUCAUCGUUGACAAUAAACAAGAAUGAACAAUCAUAUCAAAAAAAUCUUACUAACGAAUCACAUCUAGUGAAACAUUCGGCAUCUAAUCCAAUUGAUACGUUUUUAAUCGAUAUUUCAAAUGAAAAAGUUCGUAUGGGUCAACCGGUUACAAUGAAUAUACGUCAUUUACUUUUGAAUACACCCAAGGAUAUUCAUACAAAAUCUUUAACUUCGGUUUGUACUAAAACAUCUCCAAAGACUACUUAUGUACAUGAAAAUUUUCUUAAUUACAUUCCAAAUGUUUGUGAAAGAUAUCCAAAUUUGACUGUCGAUCCCAAUCAAUCUACACGCAGUACACUUCAUGCUCAUUUACCAUUACAAUUUUUUCACGAAUCAACUUGA